AUGCGUGAUCCUGUGGUCAUUUCGUCUGGAUUUGUUGUGGAUCGAAGUACUGCCAUCAAUCAAAGCUCAGGAGAGCUUCAGUUUGCCACCUGUCCAUGGUCACGAGUGGAACUGAGUCCUGAGCUUUAUCCUGCUUUGGGAUUGAAGCAGAAGAUGACAGAAUUCAAGUCAGAGCGGGUGAGUGAAAUGAUCGAAACUGCAUCUCUUUUGCUCAACGCCAAGAACGAGCGCGACUUUUGCAAAGUUUUCGAGCUGGCGCAGGAGUCCAUGGAUGACAUUGGGCCCAACGGACACCGAGAACUUGCUAUCAAAUUUGCACAGCUGGCUCUUUCCACUUUGGACCUCAAACCCUCCGACCCCUCAAGGUUGUGCAUCCUUCAGCCACCGUUGUUGACCAAACAAUUUUUAAUGUUGUAUGCAUUGAAGCAGGCAAAUCUCGUACAAGCAUACCUCCCUAUAAAGGCUCUCCAGAUGAGCGAAAUGGUAGAAAAGGCAAUUGACGGAAACCAAUUUGAUGAAGCUGAAAAGUGGCUUGCCUGCUGCACCGAGAUUCAGGAUAAUUGUGAGGAUUUGCUAACUGGUGGAUCUUGCCAUAAACCGGGGAGGUAA